UCUUUACUUGUGUCUAUGCAGUCACAGGAAGCCGGGACGUUGACCGAGACAAUCCAGUUGCUGUUUUCGCGAAGUGGGCGUAGUGAGCGUGCGUCGAGUGUCGGCGCGACGUGGGUCCUUCCUUUAAAAAUUCGUCGAGAAACCGUUCUUGCGCGCCGUUGAUCGCAAGAGGAACGGCGAUGGAUACCGACAUAUGGGCUUUCGGAUACGCCUUCACCGUGGCACUAGGAGGUGUCAUAGGCUACGUGAAAGCUGGUAGCAUCCCAUCAUUGAUGGCGGGCCUGGUGUUCGGCGGCCUCGCCUUGAUAGGCGCUUACCAGACAUCGCAAGACCCCCACAACUACUACUUAUCUCUCGCGGUGUCCGGAGUGUUGGCCGGUUUGAUGGGCUACAGGUUUGCUCACACGUCAAAGAUUAUGCCGGCAGGACUGAUUGCAAUUCUGAGCAUUGCCAUGUGCUGCAGAAUACUGUGCAGAGCCUUUUCACCACCUGGUCCACCCGGUCAACCUGCACCAGUUGUCAAGCAGUGAUGCCCUCCAACCCCCCCCCCUUUUUUUUUUCUAAAUGAAAGGUUGAUUGCAUCGAAGGGUUUCGAAAUUACCCGCAUUUUGUAUGAAAUAAAGAGACACUGUCUGAAGUGCUCGUUUGCCACACCGAACAAAU